AUGUACCGUGCGUUAGCUUUUAUUUGUACACUGAGUGUCUGUGUGAGCUAUGUGUUCGCCACUCAAUGUCCGGCAUGCUUUGGAGUGCAGGCUUGCCAUACCAACCAAACCGUUCCGAAAGUUACUUGCACAGCUGCUAUUGUGAAUCAAACAGUGAUCCAGUUGUCGACGUACUUCAAAAAUGUGAGCGAAUUUACGGCCACCUCCUCCAAGUAUAGUUGCGUUAAGGUGAGCUUUAAGCCGCAAGGCUCCGUGAAUGACACAUUUGCCGUACAAGGAUGCACGGCGGGUACUAAAAGCAUUUGCAAACAGCCGACGUACCAAUACAAUGGGAACCUCAGCUGUUACAGCGACUACGACAGUGGCGCUACGUUGCAUAAGCUCGCCCAAAAUCCGCUCAACAGUGCGCUGCUGAGUGUAGCUAUCAUCAUUGGUACGCUGAUGAUUUCCAGCUAA